CAGAAGAGAAACAAGUCUUUCUUCUUUUCAUUCACAUUAAAAUACAGGAAAACACAAUGAAAGGAAUUCACUCUCUGGCUGGACUGCUGCUGUUGAUUAUUGUUCAAGGUAGCUGGCAGAUCCCUCUUCAAGAAACAGGAGAUAAGUCUAGGUUAUUGAUAAUGACAGAAGCUGAACCAAUUGAUGAGCCCGAAGAGCUUUUAAAUGUGAAGCGUCACUCACAAGGCACAUUCACCAAUGAGUACAAUAAAUAUUUGGAAGCGAAACAUGCUCAAGAGUUUGUUCAGUGGUUAAUAAAGUCCAAAUGGAGAGGAGGAAUGACAAGACGGCAUGCUGAUGGGACCUACACCAGUGAUAUCAGCUCCUUCCUGCAGGACCAGGCAGCCAGGGACUUUGUUUCUUGGCUGAAGAAAGGAAGGGGCUAAAGAGAUGAGUAUCCAUGAAGAAAUACCUUUGUUCAGGAAAAUGUUUCAUAUAACAAUGUUUGCCACAACCGGAAAACCUUCAAAUCUGUGUUCAAAUUAGCCUGGAACCAAUACUGCUUUGCAUGCAAUUAAAUAAGUAAAAUGUAUUAUUGUACCAAGAUUCUACAAAUAACUAAAUGUCUACAAUAAAUAUACUGUUAAAUCUUGAAAAAAGAAGCACAUCUCCUCAACUCAGCUACUGUGUAUGAAAAGCAAAUAGUGCUCCCGAUUACCUAGUCAUUGAUUUAUUUUUCUAUACUGUUGAUUUGUAAAAAUGUGAAUUAAUAAACAAAAUCAGUAUAUAUUUAGGAUAGAUGCAAAUGUAAAAAUCCCUUACACAAGUGUUUCAAAAAUGCAUAAUCCAAAAUUUAAAGAGUAUUGAAUGAUGUGCUUUAAUAAACUUUUCCAUGAUAUUCAAAAUA